GUACGCAGCCACGUCAUGUAAACGAAACGGGGAAGGAGUACGCGCAUCAGGGUAACCAAAAUAGAAGACUGGACCAGCAUUUCUGCAUAGUGAUCAAUUUUUCGUUUGCUGCACCUGCAAUUUCACCAGAACCAGCACCGGCGGAGAACAGACAGAUAAUUUCCCGGGUGUCAAAUCAUAUGGCAAGAUGUCAGAUAUCGGGGACUGGUUUAAAAACAUCCCUUUUGUCACUCGUUACUGGUUUGCGGGCUCAAUAGCCCUGCCGCUAAUAGGAAGGCUGGGAUUAAUCAGUCCUAUGUAUCUUGUGUUAUGGCCGGAGGCUUUCUUUUAUAAAUUUCAGAUAUGGAGACCGCUAACCGCAACAUUGUAUUUUCCAGUCGGCCCCGGAACAGGGUUUCUUUACCUGGUUAAUUUGUAUUUCCUUUACCAGUACUCCACUAGGCUCGAAACAGGAGUGUUUGAUGGAAGACCAGCAGAUUACAUUUUCAUGCUUCUGUUUAACUGGAUUUGCAUUGUUAUAACGGGUUUAAUGAUGGACAUGCAGCUCCUGAUGAUCCCUUUGAUAAUGUCUGUUCUGUACGUCUGGGCUCAGCUAAAUCGAGACACGAUUGUGUCUUUCUGGUUUGGCACUAGAUUCAAGGCUUGUUAUCUCCCUUGGGUUAUUCUUGGAUUCAACUACAUCAUCGGUGGCUCUAUUGUCAACGAGCUGAUCGGGAACUUAGUGGGCCACCUUUACUACUUUUUGAUGUUCAAAUACCCCAUGGAUCUGGGUGGCAGGUCAUUUCUUUCCACCCCUCAGUUCCUGUACAAUUGGUUUCCCAGUCGACGAGGUGGAGUUUCUGGAUUUGGUGUCCCCCCAAGCAGGAGACCUGCGCCUCAGGAACAGGCUGGAGGUGGUGGUGGUGGACGGCAUAACUGGGGUCAAGGGUUUCGUCUGGGGGACGACUGACCCUUUUAUCUCGCGCCUGUGGAUAAACACUGAAACUUCUAACAUCAAUGCUGCAAAAUAUGGAUUUUAUAUGUUUUUUCUUCUGACUUAAGAGGAGAAGAAGAAUGUGAGAGAGAUUUUUUUCCCAGCGUUAUGUCUUGUUUUUUGUUUUACUCGUGAUGUAAUGUCACACUUUAAUUUCAGUGUGUGCAGAAACUAGGAAAUUCAGAGGACUGGCGUUGAUUGUCUUUCCCACAAUACAACAGCGUAUCAGUAUAUGUAGGCUUCAUAUUACUUGCUCACAGUUGAAAUCUUAUCCAUUUCAUUUCUCUGUUUACAUUCAAUGUAAAAUGUCUGCAUAUUUGUUUCAGAACAGUCAUGGCCAUUUUUUUUAAUAAUCUUAAUUUUCGCUUUAAUUCAUUGUUUAAAUCUUUUUUCCUGAACAGUACACAUGCUUUACAUUUGUGAAUGAACUGAAUUAUCAAUCAGAUACUUGCAGAUGAAAAUGCUGUGCAUGUUUCAGUCUGUUUUAUAUACAUAUUUAGUUGCAGGCCUUGCGAAAAGGCUAUCAGUCAGUCUGGUUACAGAAUAACUGGCUUGCACUUUUCACACAUUAAACUAUAAAUAAAAAUGA